AUGCACCCUUUCCACGCAGUUCUAACUCUAUGGCUCGUGUCCAUCGCCACGAGCACCAACGUCUUCCAAGGUGAGUGCCGAGAAAGCCCCCUGAAGGUCUCGAGGGAUCGACGGAUUCUUUGUUCAAAUCGGCGUGCAAUCGGUUCGCAUUUGCCUCGUUCCCACGUCGUCUGAAUCCUCCCCGUCGUCCGUUCUGCCUCUUCAACUUGUGAUUCAAUUAAUUUGCAUCUUUGUCUCUCCUCAAUCACCACACUCUCUCGCUCUCAUUGGCUGAUUGGGUACGGUAACGAAGCAGAACGGAGGCCGAUUCCGAUUCCGAUUCCCAUCACUUCUUCUCCCCCCACCAAAUUAUGGUUGUGACAUUUGGCGCCCGCACAGAAAUUGAUGAGUGUCGAGGGGGUUUCCAGAAGAUUUACUCGCUUCGCCCUCCUCCCGAAUACUAUUUACGUAGCAGAAAGAGGGAUUAUCGCGAGUAGAAGAGUUGCGAAUUGGAGAGAAAAAGAGCAGAAUUUACUACUUUUCGGGAGGGAGCACAAAGGGAAAGAGGUACUCGGAUAAUUUGCUGCUUCCCAGCCGACAAUGCAAAAAAGUGUCCUUUCUGUGCGUGCGCGGGAGGCCUCUUCGAAGCUCAAGUCGGGCGGUCACAACACUCGAAUCUAAUUAAUUUCCGUUAUGUUUGGCUGGGUUACACGCCAAACAAAUUAUAGAACAUGCUGUGUGCGGGGACAAGGAGACGAGCGUAGAAAGUCAUUUUCUGGGGAUGACUUGUGACGUGGAACGAGAAAGAGGGAAAGAAGCUCUCGUGUCAAGAGCACUUCCCAUCAAGCUGCUUUUUAUUAGCAAAAAAGCAGCGUGUCUACUAAUAGCACACGGGAAGAAAGAAAGAAAGAAAGAACAACUGACCCUCUUAGUCAUCCGCUUGCCGCCCGCAUUCUUCAUGAUACAAAAUGAAUUGCAGGGUCAUGCGCGGAGGAACAUGUGCUCUGUGAGCAGUUGUGCGAGGCACUGUCCCCAGACACUUACCAAUGCGCCUGCUGGGCAGGACAUGUGCUCCAGGAUGACGGGCUCUCUUGCAAAUUGGACACAGAUGUGCAGUACUCGCAAGAAAGGAAAGUGUACCCGGCGACUGUGGAAGUUCGCAAAAUGGAGACGAGUACGGUAGCAGCGGGAAGGAGAAUGAUUGUGGAAGCGGUGAAAGGAAAGAAGCUGGAUGCGAGCAGGCCACUGGCAUUCAAAGGGAACAACUACGCAGAGUUUCCUGUGAAGGAGGACGCGUACUUGGAGACGAACAUCACAAUUCAGUUCAAGUACGUAUUCUGAUCCGGGCAAAUAAUUUGGAACAUGAACUUUCAGACUUGAUGAGCAUAAGGAUGGCAUUAUCUUCUUUGCUGGCGAACUGAUGGGCGACGACUUCAUUUCGAUCACACUCGAUGGCCCGAACGUUAUUAUGAGGUUCGUUAGUAAUGGAAUCUUGAAAUCUUGAAGCAAUGGGAAUUGCAGACAUGACUGUGGAGAGGGAACCAUCGAAGACAUGUAUCACGGAAAGUUUGGCAUUGGAGAGUGGCACGAGAUCAACGUGUGGAGGAAAAACUGUGAUCUGACCGAGAUGAUGGUGGACGGAGGAAGGAAGUUGGUGGAUCAAGCCGAUGAGUUUAAGGUGAGACACUUCCCUAUUUGAAUCUGAAUCAGAAUCUGAAAUUACAGAACUACAAGGGAAUCACUAUGGACGAAGGCGUUUUCCUCGGCGCCGCUCCCCAUAACAUUGAAUAUCUGCAGCAGAAGACGGGCUCUUCCGAAGGAUUCCGAGGAUGUGUUCGAUUGGUGAGCCUUGUUUUCUUUCUAGCAAAAACUCGUUUCUCUGCGAGCUGUUUUCCCGUGGACAAUUCGAUAUAAAUGUGUGCUUUCAGCUCGUCGUCAACGGCGAAGUUCUUCUGAAUUCACACGACACCGUCAACAAGGCAUUCGACACGUCCAUUAAUUGUGAGAAUAGAAAAGGGAAUUCGCACGAAUCGAAAGUGAACAAUUUCAGAUUACUGCGGAGAAGAGGAAACGAUUGGGGAGAAACAGAAGAAGAAAGAAGAAGAGAUCGACGUCAUCAAGAUCGAGAUGUUUGACCUGACGCAAAGAGGAAUUCCCAAGAUUCUGGAGACUCCUGGAAGUAAGUACACAUUGCACAGGUAUCAAUAUUCUAAAAUUCAACCUACCCAUUAAACAUUCACAACGCACACUUACUUUCGUUUCAAAAUUUCUCUGAAUUCGGAAUCCGUGCUCCGUCACUUCGCGAAUCUUUCUCCCUCAUCGCGCAUCCCCAUCACUUCGUCCUCUAACCCAAUUUGUCGUUUUGUUCGUCCUCUGCUAGCCGUUUUUUCUUCGGAACGAGCACCAAAAUGUAUGAGCUCGAACGAAAACACUCGAAAGUGCGCCCGCUUUUCUUCGGUCUCUUCGCUCAAAUCCAAAAUGGGCGGCGCGUCGCCAUUUCGUGAGACACUGCAGAAGCGACGCGAAACUUGGCUCUUCGAGGCACGCGCGCGCGCCGGCGCUCAUUGCUCCAGCCAUGCUCCUACCGUGUCUGCUUCUGCUCGGAGCACACCUGAGCACCGCACUUCCAUUCGACUACUACGGCAUGUUCAUUGAGCAAAUGCUCGCCGAGCAGCUAUCUGAGAUUGUGCGCAACGAGACGACUACUGUUACAGUGAAACCGACAACUGAGAAGCCGAGCAGUCUGCCUCCACUGGGUCACCCGAUUCUCAAGGAAAUCUUCCAAGGUGAGUCACCACGAUAGCUUGAAAGGCAAAGGGGCACAAAGUAUUGCCAUCUGCCUAAAAUUGGGGAAGGGGGGAAGGCGUUAAUCACGCUGGAAUAUUCUAUUAUUUGGCCGGAAGCUUUUCGGCCGUCGCUCUCCAUUAUUAGCGCCCUUAUUUUCUCAGCGACGACGCACACAAAACUCAUUGUUUUGUGGCCGCCGAACAGCCAUUCAUUCCUUUCCGAAAUGACUUUAGAGUCACUCCGAAACAGCCGCCCUAAUCUUUCUCCUCUCGAUUCCUUCCUUCUGACGGACUUUCUUGAAAUAUGCAUAACAAAUAAGAAAUGUCACGGGAUAUGAGUGACACAUUUCGGAGAGUCGAGAGUCAAGACGAAGAAGAGGAAGAAGAAGGAUGAAACGGCGCGGAAAUUUGAGAGCAUUUUUAUGAGGACUACAAGAUGAGCUAGUUGAAGCCUAAUGAGAAGUCAAAGUCACGUCACUAGAAAAAGGGGGGGGGGGAGGCGAAAGAUUUUUAUUUUUCUUAAGAUAUGGUUCUUUCAGUUCCCGGGACCAUUUCAGCGCCGAUCGUUUGGAAAGUCGCUCACUUCAAUGGACACUCAAAACUUGUGGUUCCCGCACCGAACAGCAUCCUCAGCUAUCUGGAGCUCUCAAUCCAGUUCAAGACGGAGCAACCGAACGGAGUGAUCUUCUUCUGGAAGGACAACUCGAAAUUCCUGAUUGUCACUGUCGAGAACUCUUUUGUCAAAGUGUACGCAAGUCUCGGACUGGACACCACCAUUCUAAGGUUUCACUUGAGAAAGUAAACACACAAUUAGUCAUUAUCUGUUCAGAUCCGAGAAUGCAGUCAGUUUGUACCACUGGCACAAGUUGGAAGUGUGGAGAAGCGGAAAAGGAGUGCUUCUGAAAGUGAACAAACAGAGUUGGGUCGAGUCGGAACUGCACGGAAUCAAGUCGGAGCUGUUCGAGGAUACUGGAGACAUUUACAUAGGAUCUCUCAAUGAAGAUGACUGCCCGACCGUCGUGAAGCAGUUGGAUGGUUUUUCUGGAUGCGUGAAAAGAGUGAGUGGUAAAAGCAGAAAGUCUAACUCAAUGCGCUUUUUUCAGCUUCGUCUCAACGGCCGUUCCAUUCCCAUGCAGUCUUCCCAGUCUAUGAAUGUCUCCGAGUGCUUCACAGAUCCAUGUUCUACUUUCGGAUGCCCGAAACAGUGCAUUGCCCACAAUUCAAUGCCGAUUUGCCAGUGCGAAUGGCCAAUGAUCGGGCACAAGUGCGCACUUUCCUCGGAAUCCGAAAUCUCUUCGAUGGCGUUCGGAGGAUUCUCGUACAUGGAACUGAAUGACGAGGCGGUCAUGAGCCAGUGAGUGUAAUUCUUUACUUCAAUAAACAAACAAAUGGAUUUUCAGCAUCACUGGAGACAGUCUCGACAUGGCUGUCAACUUCAAAAUUCGCAAUCUGACUCAAAAUUUGCGACAAGUGAUUGUCUCGGGCGGUGACGUCACACACGAGGACGACUUCUUCGAGCUCGCCAUCGACUCCAACCGAUUCGUUCGUUUCGCUCUGAACUUGGGAUCCGGAACGGUUGUGUUGACGCAUCCGAAAAGAAUUGAAGAAGAGACAUGGGUUACUGUAGAGGUGAUCAGAAACAAGAAUGAAGUGAAGCUGUCGGUGAAUGGAGAGGACCCGAUCACAGGAUUCGCCCCGGCCGGAGCUGAACAGCUGAAUGUCUACCGAAGUGUGUUUGUUGGUGAGUUAAGCCAGUCCCGUGUUCUGGUCCUCAACGGAUCUUGACGUUUUCAGGCAACAACUACCUGCCGGAAGGAUCCCCAGAUGGUCGUGACUUCACGGGACUCCACGGUUGCAUUAUCUCGCUCCGUUUCGAUCAAACCACAAUCUCUCAUCCGAAGCAAGCAAAGACGGCCAUUAACAUUCAGGACUGUGCAAUCUGA